CUUUUUAAAGAAUUUUAGUUAAUUAACCUAUAACGUCAAGUUUCGUUUCACGUGUAUUAAAAAGUAAUAUUUAUUAUUUAUCAGAAAAUAAUGUGCUAAAGGUUCUCCUUACUAACCAUAAUGAGUACGGAUAUUAAUAUCGACCCACAACAGUUUGAUAUCAAACAGAAAGCAGGUAAAAGAAAAAAUGACUCCAGUGAAAAUAAUAUGGACAUUGAUACCCACAAUGGAAUUCAAGGAAAAAGUAAAACUGCUCCUCCGCAUUUAAAGAGAUUUAGAACGCAGUCUGAAUCUAAAGUGGAUAUGCGAAAAAUUUCCGUACCUGCACAUCGUUAUACGCCUUUGAAAGAAAACUGGUUAAAAAUUUUUACACCAAUUGUUGAACACUUACAAUUACAAAUAAGAUUUAAUUUAAAAACAAGAAAUGUAGAAAUCCGUGCAUGUGAAGCUACUAAAGACAUAGGAAAUUUACAAAAAGCAGCUGACUUUGUUAAGGCUUUUGUUUACGGAUUUGAAGUAGAAGAUGCAUUAGCAUUAUUGCGAUUGGAUGAUUUAUUUAUGGAAACUUUUGAAAUUAAAGAUGUAAAAACUCUAAAAGGAGAUCAUCAAUCGCGAGCAAUAGGCCGCUUAGCAGGAAAAGGCGGUCGUACAAAGUUUACCAUAGAAAAUGUUACAAAAACCAGAAUUGUUUUGGCAGAUAGUCGAAUCCAUAUUUUAGGUAGUUAUCAAAAUAUACAAUUGGCCAGAAGGGCUAUUUGUAAUCUUAUAAUGGGAUCUCCACCAUCUAAAGUUUAUGGCCAGUUGCGGAACAUAGCCACUAAAGUUUCUGAACGCAUAUAAUGCUUUAGACUGUUGAUAAUUAUGAGAAAAUAUUACUUUGAUUUUGUCUCAUGAUUUUAUAAAUUUCUAAUUCUAUAUUCUUUGUAUGUAGUUAUAAAGAAUACACAUUUUUGGUGCGCAAGAUGUAUAUUUUUAUUUUAAUAGAUGCUUUUUACAGAGAAA